UCUCUACUGUAUAUAAUAUAUCGAACUACUCUCAAGAUAUUUCCUAACCUUAUCCUCUUUUACCUACUACUGUUCUUCGUCUUAAACUUCUGGAAUGGCAAUGGACGUAAUUUCGGGGAGAUCAUCUUCGUCGUCGUCGACUCUGAAUCCGAACGCUCCGAUGUUCGUGCCGCUGGCGUAUCGGACGGUGGAGGAUUUCUCCGACGAGUGGUGGGCCUUGGUCCAGUCCUCCCCUUGGUUCCGCGACUACUGGCUCCAGGAGCGCUACUGCGAUCCCCAAACCGACCCUUCCUUUUUCGAUAUUUACGAUCUUGCCCUCCUGGACGUCGAUUCGUUCUUUGACGACGAUGUUUCCUCCAUGAAAACCGAGGAAGAAGGAGAGAGAGAUUACUCCAAGAAAUUGGUUCGCUUGGGAGCUCUGAAAUGGAGGAAAGGCCGCGCUUUGGCGGAAGCUCCGAGAUACAUCGAGAAGGUUCCGAAGAUCGUGAAGGUGAAACCGAGUCCGCGGACGAUUCAGCAGCCGAGGUAGAUCUGUCGAGUCGGUCGAUCUGUCGAGUCGGUCGAUCUGUCGAGUCGGUCGAUCCGUACUCAGUGAGUUCGUUCGUUGCGAGUUUCCUAGUUGCCUAAAAAGCUUAACCACAUAUCCUUAAUCUUCAAUAUGCUUUGAGUUUUUUUUCUUU